AUUCCCAGUAGGUGGCCGUUGGAUCUGGUGUGAGUGGUCAUGCGGUUGUACAGUGCUGAGUGCUUGAAAGUUUUGAAAAUAGUGUCUGUAGAUUUGAACAGUAGAUUAACAUGUGAAAUAGACAGCUGCCCUGAACUACGCAUAUUACUAACUGAGUGAUAUAUACGAUUAAAAGAGUAAUUCAUAUUUACAUUACGCUGAAUCGAACAUCGCCGUCUGUAAAAGCAGUGUCCUUGACUUCGAAUAAAAAUAAUUAUCCUGUUUAACCGUUAAGAAACAUAUUUAUCGGUCAUCGAAUACUGGUGUUACAAAGUGCGAUAGGACGAAGAGUGCAAAGUGGUUUAGUGGUGUAUAUGUAUCAGAAACUGGAAGAUGUCAGCAGAGCAGUAUGCUAGAACAUAUGGCACUCACUCUUUAACUCCAGCUUGUUUGGGGGUCAAAUGCAGAUUAACAAAGAUUCUUUCUCCUGGUGCAUUGCUUUCUUGUGUUACAUACACAGCCAUCAUCUCUGAAACUUAGAUAGGAAAAAAAAAAAAAAAAAAAAAAACCAUGCCAGCUACCAAUGAUAUGGAGUCUGCAGGUUAGCAGCCAUUCUAAAAUAUGUGUAACAUAAUAGUUAAUGACCAUGGCCAAGAUCGUAAAUAUAGUGGUAUGUAAUUUUAAUGAUUAUGCACCACAAUAAUAAGUGACAGCUGUUGAAGACAUUGAAGUGUUUUUGGAUUUUUUUUUUCAAGGAAGGUAGCCAAUUAAUCUUGUAGAUACUGUGUUCUAUGGAAAUAAAUCAACAUAAUAUAACUGUGCAAUUAGUGUAUUGAUGUUACUGUAGGAAUGACUCUCACUAGUAGUGUUGUUUAACUUAUUCCAGUGUGUCACGAAAAUGAAGCUCUCUUUGUUGAUGAAAUUAUGUCAUAUUUUUGUAUAUGGGCUUCAGCAACAUGUUAUUGUUUUAUAUAAACAUCUAGCAUGUAAAAUGUCUUCCUCUACUUAUCAGAGGCUGUAAAUUAAAGUUGUUACAUUAAACAAGAAUUCAUGCAAGAGACAGAACUCAAAAACCAAAUAAAUCUCUCAUUUGUCAUACCAGCUGGAUGAGAACGUAUAAUUGUGGAAGAUAUAGUAGUUAACUGAAGUAUUCUCUAUAAAAAUGCCUGGAAACUUUCUUCAUCAUGUUAUCACUGAUAUGAGGAGAAAUACAUUGACAGACAUGGUCAGUUUGUUAUAUGGUGCUUACGGGAGGAUUCAAAUGUGGAGCCAGGCAAAAGCGGACUGUCGCAGUGUGACAGACAGUGUCGGAAGUCAUAGUGACCUGUCUGUGCACACUGCAUCGACAGCACAGACACAGUUGCAGCGUCCACGUAUGGAUGUUGUUUGUGUAAUUGACCUGCAUCAACCAGACUAUCUGGCUCAUAGAAAGAGAGCUCUAGAAGAAGUCCGCCAAGCGUGUGCUCUAGUUAAUGCUGCUAUGAACCAUAUACAGUUUGAAAAACUGGAUUUUGGUGAAACAAAUGUGUUGGAUACAUUUUAUAAUGCUGAUGUGGCAGUCGUGGAUCUGUCAGUACAGAUUCAGCAGAGUUCUCUCUUCUAUCAUUUGGGAGUUCGUGAAAGCUUUGGGAUGAAGGAGAAUAUAUUACUAUAUAAUGACUUCGAUACAGAGGCAACUUUAAGACUGAAGAUAUCAUGUGGCAGCUAUACCUUUGUGUCGUAUCGACUUCUUGACUGUGGGACGUGCGUUACAACAAAUCCUGCAGCUGCAAGACUUACAGGAGAAGAAGGCUCUCUGGAUCCUAAACAACAUUUAACAAUCAAACUGAAAAAGUUACUCCAAGAUGUAGAAAUUCAGUCAAAAGCACACAUGAAGGAGAAGUUUUUAGCUGACUUGCGUAAAGCGAGAGAAACAUAUACGGGAGAGGAAUUAGCAAGAGUGCUUCAUAAUAUGAGGAAAAGACUUGAUGAUCCCAAUGUGCUCUCUGGUGAAGUGCUGCUGAAUGUGUUAAUAUCAUUUAGAGAAAUUCAAGAUUAUGAUGCCAUGGUGCAACUUGUCGAUGACUUGCGAACUGUACCAAAUAAGAGGAAUUAUAUAACUACUUCAGCAAUAGGAUACCUCUAUGCCUUUGCACUGAACAGGCGCAAUAAAGAAGGUGACAGAGAACGAGCUCUCAGAGUGAUUGAGAAAGCUUUGGAAAAGAAGGAAAAUCAUGUACCUGAUAUAGUUUGUCUUUGUGGUAGGAUAUACAAAGACAAGUUUGUUGAAUCUCAGCAUCAAGAUAAAGAUAGUUUAAUGAAUGCUAUUCAUUGGUAUAGAAAAGGAUUUGAAGUGCAACCGAAUGAAUAUGCUGGCAUUAAUUUAGCAACAUUGCUUGUUAUAGCUGGUAAUGAGUUUUCAAAAUCAGAAGAGCUGCAGCAUAUAGGUAUGGUCCUCAACAAUUUAAUUGGUAAAAAGGGUAGCCUGUCAUCAUUACAAGACUACUGGGAUGUUGCCACUUUCUUCGAAAUUAGUGUUUUAGCAGAAGAUUACUCAAAAGCUAUCCAAGCAGCAGAAUGCAUGUUCAAGUUAAAGCCACCAAACUGGCACGUUAAAUCUACGAUAGGAAACAUCUCUCUCAUAGACAGGUUCAGAAAGAAAAAUGAAGAUGCAGAAAUUUCUCCUGAGGAACAAGUAUUUGGAUUUUGGAUGGAAUACUUUGUGGAAUCAACGAAAACAGAAGUGGGAGAUAGCAUAAGAUUUCCUAUGCUUGUUUUGGAGCCAGAUAAGGUAUUCAUGCCAAGUUAUGUAACUGUGAAUCUUGGAGCAGAAGAAAAGUCAAUUGAGAUAUGGAACAUGUGUCUGGAUAGCAUGAAGGGAAAAUGUCGAAAGGUGCACAAAUGGCUUUUUGCAGCUAGUCAGAUUAGAAGUGUUAGUUUAUACAAGAGAGAUGAGCGCUGCUUGUUCCUGUAUGUACACCAAAACUCUGAUGACUUUCAAAUGUACUUUCCAUCAGUCCAGUGUCGUCAAAGGUUUUUUGAUUUGGUGAAAGAGAUGACAGGGGACCAAGAAGGAAUGGUUAUGGACCUGGAUGCUCAGCAGGCAGAGGAUCAGAUAAAAUAUGAAUAUGAGCAAGAUGAACAAGGAAAAAGAAUUGUGUUAGGAAAGGGCACUUUUGGAGUUGUGUUUGCUGCCAGAGAUCUAAUAACACAAGUAAGGAUAGCAGUGAAAGAAAUUCCAGAGAAAAAUAAAGGAGAUGUUCAGCCAUUGCAUGAAGAAAUAAAGCUACAUUCUCAGUUGAGACACAGAAACAUUGUGCAGUAUUUGGGUUCAGUGUCAGAAGAUGGUUACUUCAAGAUUUUCAUGGAGCAAGUACCAGGGGGAAGCCUGUCUGCCUUGCUGAGCUCCAAGUGGGGACCACUGAAAGAAAAUGAAUCUACCAUUGUUUAUUACACAAAACAAAUCUUAGAAGGCCUUAAGUACCUCCAUGAUCAGAAAAUUGUUCAUAGAGAUAUAAAAGGCGACAAUGUCUUAGUGAACACAUAUAGUGGUGUUGUGAAAAUAUCAGAUUUUGGAACCUCAAAACGCCUUGCUGGAUUGGCAUCUAGUACAGAAACAUUUGCAGGAACUCUGCAGUACAUGGCACCUGAAGUUAUUGAUAAGGGGCAGAGGGGAUAUGGUGCUCCUGCAGACAUAUGGUCACUGGGGUGCACCAUAGUGGAAAUGGCAACUGGAAAGCCACCAUUCAUUGAACUUGGUUCUCCACAGGCAGCCGUAUUUAAGGUAGGCUAUUACAAGAUUCAUCCUGAAAUACCUCCUGAAUUAUCAGAAAAGGCAAAGAAUUUUAUUUUAUGUUGUUUUGAACCUGAUCCUGAGAAAAGAGCUACAGCAGCAGAUUUGCUGGAACAUCCCUUCCUCACAGAUAAAAAGAAGAGCUCUCGACUUAGUACUCCUCAAGAGUUCAGUCGGAGCAUUUCAGUACCAGCAGACAGAGUAACAGUUAAAAUUGAUAAAAGUGCAAGUGGUCAUAACAGCACUCAUGGUCAGAUAUCACCUGAAGACGGUGGCUUCAAUACUAAGUCGAACCCUGUGAAAUCAAGGGGACCUUCACUGCUCUCCCCAAUCAGCAUGCCUGCAGCUCUGUCUUUCUCCAGUCUCAGUACACCCACAUAUGAGACAGAUCAAGAGAGUGGUGUAAAUAUGACACGACGAAGUUCAUCAGGUGGCUUACUUUCCCCAGAAGUUGACAUACCUACACCUAAAGGAGGUGGAGUUUUGGGAUUGGGAGAGGCCUCAGAACAAGAUGGAUUUUAUUUGUUGAAGAAAGAUUCCCAGAGACGCAUGACUCUGUCAAGAGUUAUCAGCCAAGAUGAGCAAAAGAUCUGUGAGGUGUGGAUGCAGAACAUACAAAGGGAGCUGUUAGCAACAGUUCUUUCCACAACACAUCUGGUGGCAAUGAUUCGCAGCCUGAGAAACUAUAUAUCAGAUCAAAACAAAGAAUCACUUGAAAACGCAAUACAUACAUUGAAAGAAGAGCUGGAUUUUGAUGCAGAUGCUAUUAACCAGCUGCAUUUUUCAUUGUACCUCAUCCAAGAUGCUGUGAAUGUGGUGUUAAGACUUCACAGUAUCAAGCCUCACUGGAUGUUUGCAUUAGACAAUCUUGUACGUAAUGCUGUUCAAGCAGCUAUAACAGUCAUGUCACCAGAGCUGGGUGCCAACUUGGCAGGUCAGGAUAAUCGUGAACAAAGUGUACCUGAUGGACCUGAUGGAAGCUCCACAUCUGGCAUGUCAACCGUCAACUCGGUGAAAUCACAGAAAACUGUCGACAGCCUCUCCAAUUCAGCCAAGUUCCGCCUGGAGUACCGAGAGCAGCUUGGUGUCCUGCGCUCAGAAAACUUGAGAUUACUGCAAGAAUUAGUGGACAGUCAGAAAUCCUACCAGACACUGUUGCGGCAGGCCUUAGAAGAUCAUCGUUUGCAGUUGGCAUUACUCUCUCAGACUGUGCAGCAGCUGAACCUUGUGUCAUCAUGCACUUGUCAGUCACAUGCUGAUACAGGUUAUGGAUCACAUAGAUCAGUGAGCUCAAAUGAUGCUGCAAGCUCCCCUGCAGGUCUGCUUCCACAGAUCAGUGUGACCGAUAGCUCAGCUGACUCACGAUUGAUUGAAUGGUUGCAGAACUUGAAACUAGACCAGUCCACUAUUGACAGGUUCCUGUUUGAAGAAUACUGUUUAGAUGAUGUUUUACUGUACAUCACACGUGCAGAUCUUCGCAAAUUGUGCUUAAGAGGUGGUGUCGAGUUGAGAGUAUGGAAAGCAAUUCUCAAAUGGAGGCGUGAGCACCGAGCUAACUUAAGUGCUGAGCGAUCUGACAGUGCAACCAGAACCCACCGCUCGACAAGUAAGAUAGAUGGUGGCGAUUCAAACCCUUUUGACAGGACUUGUAGUGAAAGCACAGAUACCACAGACUGAUUUUUGUUUCCAUGUAUUCUGUACUAUUAGACACCUAAUCUAUAGCUGCACUUAAGGCACUGGAAUCGUACCUGUUAAUUUCUGUAAAUGUAGUGGCUUUGUUGUAAAAUGACACAUUGUGCAGGAUUUUUCACUUCCCAUGGAAGUUGGAGUAUGAAGAUUUACAUUUUAACUGGCAAAAAUGCUUCCAUAUUGUGAUAUUCAUCUGUUGACACGUUGUACCUUAAUCUGUGAUACCGUACAGUAUCGUUGCUUUGCAGUUUCUAUCAACAUAUUGGAAAAAGAAGUGUGUGUGUGUGUGUGCGUGUGUGUGUGUGUGUGUGUGCGCGCGUGUGUGCGUGCGCACGCGCGCAUGUGUGCGUGUUGUUAUAGGAAGUAUGAGUAAAGAGAUUUAUCUCAUGUUAUGACAUCACAUUAUAUUACUUUGUCAUUUUUAAAAUUAGUUAUUUAUUUUCUGUUGAGUUGUGUGCAGCGGAAUAUUUUUCUUUCCAUUGCAAAGAUAAUAUUUGCAUCAUAGAUCUGAUACUUUUAUGAUACAUGAAAGUCACUCUCCCUAUUUAUCUAUCUUUCAUUCUUUCACCUCUGCCUGUGCCCACUCUCAACUGACGUGUUUGUUGUGCAUGAGAGGGGGAGGGGGAGAGAGAGAGAGAGAGAGAGAGAGAGAGAGAGAGAGAGAGAGAGAGAGAGAGAGUAGGAGGGGAGGGAAUUAGAAUCAUGUCUAGAGCUAAAUUUAAAGUUUAAAGCUUUUAUUUGGGAUGUCAGUGACUUUCUCUGCAGAUACACUUUGUUGCAAUUCUGUAAAUUAAAUUUUUGCUAAAAGCAUUCUUCUAAAACAUUUGUUUCUGAAACAUUUGUGUGAACGCUUAGUACUGGAGCAAGCAUGAAUUAUAAAUGCAGCCAGUAAAACUUAAGGAUGGAAUCUAUUUAUUAUUAUGUAUAUAUAUACACACAUAAUGUUUAGAUAAAACUGAAAUGUGAUGUGUUCAAAAAGAGACACAUAUAGAGCUGUAGCAAAGCUACAAUUGUUUUAUACUAGUUAGGACUAAAAUUUGAUAAUCAUUUCAUGGUUACCCAUGACUGUUUCUGUCCAAAGCUGUUCACUUGGAAUGGUGUUAAUUCGACUUUACUUUCCUUUUUGUUGAUUUAUAUUUUUGCAUGUAACUCUUUAUUGUUAUAUUAAUAAGACAAUAACUGUAUGUGUUGAUCUUCCUAUGACAUCAUCCAUUUUUGUUACCUGUGGAAAUUUAGUGUCUCCAAGAGACACAACAAAAUAUGUGUGACAUCUUUUAGUAUAAUCUCUAUGCCUUCAGUUAAAUGAAGUGUGAAUAUUUUGUACCAUUGCGCUGGAAAUCUGUUAGAUCUUUUUUCUGCAACAAAAAAGACUCACUUGUGUUUUUAGUAAGCAUACCAGAAGCGGAAACAAGAGAGUACAUGUCUGUGGAGGGGUGUUUAGAAAGUGAUGAUAUUUUUUGUAGUCUCUACAUGACAAUAUGGCUGAGCAUUUAGAGGAAGUUCCUCACAGAAACUGGUGCUAUCUGUGUAUUACUGUAUACAAGACUUGUAUGAAUUUCUUCUGUAAAUUUAACUGAUGGUGCGAUGGUCAUUUUAUCGUAUGUGUACUGGGUUGAGAGUAUUAAAACCAUAAUUUCAUAGGUGUUGUGUUGGAGGCUGAAGUUCUCAAAAGUUAAAUAAUAAUGCCAGUAAUUUUGGGAAGGGAAUAGGGGGGGGGGGGGGGAAUUGAUAAGGAAAUCACACAUCCCUUUGGGAAUAGCCUUGAAGCAAGUGGAGUUCUGGUUGGUGGCCAGAUAAAUAGCCAGUCACAAAAAUAUUUGGAAUUCAAUUCUGGUGCCAGGAACUAUAUUUGUAGAUGCAGAUACAGAGAUCCACAGUAAUGAUAGCAGACACAUGUAAGCCAAGUGAAAUGCCAAGAACAGAUGAAUAAAAAUAAGAGAGAGACUUCUUCCUGGGUUAUAUUGCUCAUCAGUAUUGUUCUGCCCAAACAAAUCUCUUAGUGCAUAUGCUGUGUGUAUUUGUUGCUGCUGUGAUUAUGAAUAUAAAAAAGGGGACAAAUUUGUCCAAUUUCUGUGAUCAAAAAAUACCAUGUAAAGUAUCGUCUGCACUGCCAUUGUUGUGUGGUACGCAAAGUACAGUCGUAAACAUCUUUCGCAGAUGUCUUCAAGACUGCUGCUUAGAGAAGCAAUUGCAACUCCGAUUAGAUAUAAUGUAGUCUUGUGAAUAUAAUGUAGUCUUGUGAAGGCAGUAAAUUUCUGUUUACGACUUAUGCUCCUUGCAACAACCCUCAGAAAGAGGCAAUAUUAAAAGGCAUGUAUAUCUUCCCUGAAGCUGUUCAUGAGGAAGUAGUCCAAUAUUCUGUUAUGUAUUAUUUUUGUUUCUUAUUAACAACAAAAUACAGGUCAUGUAGGCUUUCGUGGUAUUAAUAUUUCACUAUUCUCUGCAUUUCGUAGUGUUCACCAUACAGAGUGGUUGCCUUAGCUUCUGAGAUCUGCACCACCUUUCAGCUGUUCUCUGACACAUCCUCUCAGAAUGCUACCCAGUUUUCAACUGUUCUGCACAUCUGUCCUCACAGAUCACUGGCAACCAAAGAGAUGUUCCUUUUUCUGGAUACCUUGCAGUGACUUACACUUCAUGGCAAUAAAUACUCUUGUCCAUACUGUGAGGUGUCCAUAUUUCAAUGCUGAAAAAUUUUUAUUCAUUGCUGUCCAUGAUAACACUUUAGCAUCAAGGAAGAUGUCUGCUGCUUUUCGGUAAUUCUGUGUAAUUAGACACCAAUUUAUACAAACUUAUCUACAUCUACUCCUGGCAUACACCCUCCAAGCUGCCUGCCCCCUCACAUUUUUUCUAAAAUAAAUCUGCUCUCUUAACUGGCAAAUGAAAAGUGUGCACUCUGUAGAUAAAUCAGUUUCUGCAAAAAAACAAAAAGAAAAAUCUGUAAGUGAAUAUUGACUGUGUCCUUUGCAUUACAUGGUAUUGCACACUUCAAGUUUUUUUAGUGGAGUUCAAUAAUUCUUUAUUUAGAAAACAAACAUGCUUCCUGCCCUGACACACAGUCUUAUCAAUUCAAUUCAGUUUGAAGAAAGGCAGAAAAUGUAAUGAAUACUGAUCAGUAGAAAGAACACCUAGAACCAUUUGCUGUGCAUCUUUAUAACUAUUUCACCCAUAGUAAAAGCAACAAGAGUUGCCUCACCCUGUCCCCCCCCCCCCCCCCCCCUUCCUCUUAUCUGUAUGUGUGUAUGUGUUAAAAUGUGUUAAGCACCUUCCAUCUGUGGAGUAAAUAGUUCUUUGUAUUUGUUUACAUUGUGGAUCUUUCAUUAGUGUAAUAAUUAUUUACUGUAGCUACUCAUGAUUUUCCUUUACAUGAGACAAUAAUUUGAAUUUCCUGUUGUGUGAAUCUUCCUGUAAACAAGCUAAUAAUAAUUCGUUUUCAAUAAAAAGUAAAUAAAUGUAUUAUUAGCAACCCAGAAAACUUGGUAAAUGACAAGCACUGAUGUUUAAUUGCUUGUGAUCACACUAAAGCAUCACAGCAUUUUGGGUAUUUGUCCAUGCUUAUAAAAUAAUCUCAUACUAAUUGUUCUUUUUGACUGUGUCAACAUUUAUGCACUCUUUCCUCUAUUUUAUUGUUUGUGGAAGACUGUAUGCCACAGAUCUGUAAUGACAACCAUCUAAAGACUGAAGAAAAUAAAACUUCUAUUCACCAAGUGGCAUAGCAUAAUGCAGACUGUUACUCUUUUGUUACUUAUUAAUCCUAUCUUGUUUCUGUUUUGUUUCUGAAGUAAUUUUAGAAGCAUUUUUUGUGAUAAACUAGUUAUUACCACAGUGGAUACAGUACAGUCUGAAUUGUCACACAGUAUAACAUGCUUAGCAGCAAGUAAUGCUGCAUGAUUCAUUCAAUUAUGUUUUACUACUUGUAAUACCACUUUUCUAUUAUUUUUUAUCUUAAACACUGUUAUUGUCUACAUAAAAAGAAAAAGUACUUUAUAAAAAUGAGAUCACUGAAAUCUUUUUGGUGCGUGUCAUUGCUAGCAAUGUGAAAUUACUGCAUUGUACUAUGGCUGCAGAGUGGAAAUUUUUGAGCACUGUUGAAGGCUUGUUGUUUUUGUUAACUUAGAAAACAAAGGGGUGGGAGGAGGGGGGGGGGACAGCCAGAUGGACAGAUAAAGAGCUAUAUAUUUGAAUGCUGCACCGUCUUAUCUUUUUAAAUACAGAUGCUCACCAUUGGUGAAGACAUCCAUCAAAAUUAGUAAGAUAAUCCAGCAGAAAUGCUUUAAUUAGAAAGUGACUUACAAGUUACUUUUUUAUGUCAAAGAGCAUUCAUUCAUCUGAUACAGAAAAAUAGUUGAUUCUCAUUUCCAUUACAUCAUCUUUAUAAAUUCUGUUCGGAUUUGAGUUUAAAUAAUCUGUUACUAGUGCAUCCUGCUGAUCUUUGUAUAUAGUUUACUUAAAUUACUUAGGUGCAACAAUGCCCAAAUGUCAUGUGGGUUUGUCAUUUACAUCUUCCUAUUUCUUAUGAAUUACAAUGAUACAGUAACUUGUUUUGUAAUUUAGACUGAAAUUGUAAAAUUGUAUGUCUGCUUGAAUUACUUUGGUGCUACAGUGCCGUGCAUGAGCUUAUCAUUUAUAUAAGAGCAUUUUUAUUUGGUGUAUCAGACAGCAUAUACACAAUUUCAGGAUUAAAUCUUCUUUCAGUCCUAGGUUUCUUUUCCUCUGUUACAUAGCACAUCUUUUGCCACUGGUCGUAAUUUGUAUAUGUGGAAAAUGCCUAGUUGGACCACGACUGGAAGUCAAUUUUAAACUGUAAGUCUCUCUAUAACAGGGAAUCAGUUCAAAGAUCAAAGGAAAGCAAGUGCACGUCAUUUACAAUACGAUCAUGUGUAGUAAAGCACUGUGGUGUUCAUACCUAGUUUUGGGAUGAAGACAGCUUUACCUUACAUUUAGUUACCAAUAUAUUUAAUUUAGAGUGUAAAAAUCUGACGAUAAUGGGAAAGCUCCUUUGCUAAAUGCUAAUGUUUCAAUUUUGCCAUCUUGUCAAAAAUUUCAUCAUGAACAAAUUAACUUAUCCUGUAUACAAUUUAAUUAUGCGAAUAGCAUUAUUAAUCCUGCCUUCUGCUUAAAUUUCUUAGAUUGACUGAAGUGUAAUCUUUUCUCUAUUAAGGCACAGUAUGAGACUGUAAAUUAUAAUUAGAGACUACAGGGGAUGAUCUAAAAUUCUCAUUCAGCACAACUAACAAUUUGCAGAAUGUUCUUUGACACAAGUAUGGUCUCAAUGGUGUUGUGGUUCAGACAUUUCUAAGGUCAUUGAAAUUGUGCUAAAUCUGUAUGUUGACUGUAAUUUUGCAAGAAUCUGCUUUUUCUUUCAAGCAGCAUCUUUAAUGUAAUGGUUGAGGACCUGUCAAAGAAGGGUGGGAGGGGGGUGGGAGGCAGCUAUCCAAGUCAAGUGUAGUUGGUGCUUAAAUAAACUACUUAUGGUAAAAAAAAACACUCUAGGACAUUGAUUGUAAGCAAUAGUUUGCAUGUUGUUACCUUUUUUGGAAAAUAUUACUCCUAUUGGUUCUUCAGUACCUCCUCACAUUAAAUGUUCUACCAACUUUUUUGGCAAACUCAUAAAAACAUAACAAGUUUCCUCUGAAGGAAGCAUUGUUCUUUUUUUCAUUUAUUGUUUGUAAAUAAAAGAACUAAUUGGUUAAUCAUUGCAUGUAAUUUAAUGUUACUACUCUUGAGAAACAGUGCCCAGGUAUGGUAUUAUGAAUAUCUGAAGAGCCAUUUACAAAUUAGCAUUCCCUAGAAUAUGUAAAUUACUUACAGUUCUCUUCUGUUACAUAUCUUCAGAGGCCUUAGGUCACUCAAUUCUUAAAAAUGUGCUUGAAACCCUGGUGUUCAUUUGCUUUUUGUGAGUGGGGUCCUGUUAGUUAAUCCCCUUGUCUUCAGCAUUUGUUUCAUAUUCAUGGAUCUUGGACGUAAGUCCACUAUAGUUGUGUUACUGUCAACAUUAUAACUUUCAGCUUCUGGGAACCAUUAAAUUUAUUACUCACACUUCACAAAGAACAACUAACAUAGCCAGUGUACGCACAUAGUCAGACACCGUUUGUUGCAAGACGGAUACACAGCAUAACACUCAUGAGGGUAGAGAAAUAAUUGUUGUCUAGAUGAUCUGGCUGUACUUCUCUAAAUCUUUGUAGCAUUCAGCUAAAUUCAGUUUUAAUAAUCUUGACAGUGCAAGAAUCUCUCAUUUCAUUUAUGCUAUAUGUGCAGUGGAACAUAGAUAUUGUCUUUCAUAACACAUGAUGAAAAUAUGUAAUGGUCUCUAUUGUAAGUACUAGCAUUAUUCUUUGACCUCACUUCAUUACUGAAUAAAUUUCUUUUACACUGUUUAACUGAUCUGACAUUAACAAUAAAGUAAUGUAACUUUGAAAUACACUGCUGUUGAAUUAAAAAUUUAAUUACAAUUGAGCUUACUUUCAAUAACUGGCAACAAGAAAGUGCCUACAAGUUGCUAAGAAUAAAGUAACCAACUGGUCAAGAUUGUUAAUCUUAUUUUUUUAUUUAAACAAUUUGCUCUCCUGAUGGACAAAACUGGUAUGCACUGUUUCUGGAGAUGAACAUGUACAUAUUGACUUUCAAGCUGAUCAAUAUUCAUUUGUGUUUUUAUUGCCUUUAACAAUGAUACAUUUUUAUCUCAAGAUAGUUACAGCAGCUCCAAUUGCCAAUUACCUAAUUUUAAGAGAUUGAAAACUGACAUGGGUUUUCUAUUAUUGUUAAUGUUUAGAACAUAAUCAGAAUAUUGAAAGUUGAAAAUGUAUUGUCUGUUUCAGUUCAUAAUUUCUUGACAGAUGUUCAUUGUAUAUAAAAAUGUCAAUAUGUUGAAAUAGUGCCUUAACUGAUGAACUUGAAUAUUUGUUACAUGCGCUGUUCAAUAGAAUGUUUUUUUAAAGAUAUUUUUAAUACGUUGUAAUCAUGUUACUUUGCACUGCCACUAAGUUGUUAUCACAAUAAAAUAUAAUUGUUAUCUCUU